UAUAUAUAUACACACACCCACACACUCCAACAUAUUCAUUAAGCUCUAAUUUCUCCAUUUAUAUAUAUACAUAUACAUAUACAUAUAUAUAUAUUCAUUCACUACUGCUACUGAUGCAUCAACCAAAGGAACCAGAUUACUCUUCUCCUCCCCAAUUACCCACCAGGUGGUGGAGUAGGGAGAUGACGGCGGUGGUGACGGGAGCUAACAAAGGGAUAGGGUUUGCACUGGUGAGGAGGCUGGCGGAGAUGGGAUUAACGGUGAUUUUAACCGCCAGAGACGACGGAAGAGGCAGGAAAGCCCUUGAAUCUUUGAAGCAGGAAGGGUUUCAUCAUCGUCUCCAUUUUUACUGCCUUGACGUAUCUAAUCCUACUUCCAUCAAUGCCUUUGUCUCUUGGUUCACCGCAAAUUUUGCAGCGUUAGAUAUUCUUAUAAACAACGCUGCCGUUUCAUUCAACGACAUAGAGGAAAACACAGUAGAUCACGCAGAGACAGUGAUGAAGAUCAACUUCUAUGGCGCCAAGCUCCUCACCCAAGCUCUCUUACCUUUCUUUCGUCGUUCUCCUUCCGUCAGCCGCAUUCUCAACAUCACCUCCAGACUCGGCUCUAUAAAUAAAGUGAGAAACCCUAGAAUCAAGCAAGUCCUGAGAGACGAGAAUUUGAAGGAGGAGCACAUCGACGGAAUAGUCCAAUUAUUCCUGGAAAACGUCAAGGAUGGGACAUGGAGGAGCCAAGGGUGGCCGGAGAUUUGGACGGAAUACGCGGUGUCGAAGCUGGCGCUGAACGCGUACACGUGGGUUUUGGCGAAGAGGGAGGAGGGAAGGAGAUUGAGUGUGAAUUGCUUUUGCCCUGGAUUUACUCAGACGGCAAUGACCGGCGGCAGAGGGACUCAUUCCGCGCAGGACGCCGCCGAAGUCGCCGCCAGCCUCGUCCUGCUUCCUCCCGAGAAGUUGCCAAGUGGGAAAUUUUAUAUGGGUUUUGGACCUUUUAAUAAUAUUAAUUGUACUUAUUCCAAGUUAUAG